CCAUGUUGCUGGCCUUCGUGGAGGGGCCCGACAGGCACCCUGCAGACGAGGGAUCUCAGGAAGUGCUGCGGGGGAAACUCCGCCUCCUGGAGGCCGACAGCGCGGAGGUCAACGCUCUCUUCACAGAACUCUCUGCCAGGCUGGUCUCCAUCAACAGUGAAGAAAACGUCAUAUUAGUCGCAUUCAAAACAUUCGAAGAGAUAUGGAAGUUCACCACGUAUUACACAAUGGGUUUUCUGGGUCAUUGCAUGGAGAACCUGCUCCUAGACCAGGACUUCUGGUUGAGCUCUAUGGACCAGAAGGACGUGGGCAUAGAGAUCUCUAUCCAAGAGGAGACUCUCAACCUCAUGUACAAAGGCAUCCUCAUGCAAGAGGGUUCCUUCUUUGCCAGCUGCAGUUCCACCCAGAUGUUUGACAGCUCCACCUCUGGUAGUGACCUCUACCUGGAGCAGGGGGACAUAGCCCUGUUCGAGCCCCCGUUCUUGGGGUCGGGGUGGACUGUACUCUCCCUGGGGGAUGGAGCCCGGGGGACCAAGCCCAAACCAGCCCUGGAGCCCGUCAUACCCUUCCACCAAUGGUUCUUGAAAUCCUGUGCGGAGAACAUCUUAGUUGGUAGUGGCAAGCCAGCAUGUGACUUCCUCUGCCAGUUUGCCACAGGCUCCUGCGUUGCCACUGUGGAGUAUGACGCCGGAGGGCCAGAUGAGCUGAGCCUGGAGCAGGGUGAUCGCAUCAUCAUUGUAGGCCUGUUGGUGUCGUGCUUCGAGUGGUUCACUGGCAGGCUGGAGAGGACAGGAGAGGUGGGACUGGUGAGGACAACACUGGUCAAGCCAGCUGAUGAUACCCUUCGUGAGUCGGCGGACAUAUUCCUAGACAAAGAAGAAAGGUUGUUUUUUAACCUGAGAGAAGAGCAGAUCAAAGAAGAAACUAUUGCCUUGCUGAAGAAAAUCUCCCAGAAUGAUGUUGGAUCUGUCUACAAACUUGAUCUGAUUGAUCAACAGGAUUCUCCAAAGGAACUAACUCAAAAUGGUUCCCAAGGAAACAUGGACGCUCACCACCAAGCAGAACUAAAGAGGAAGAUAGAAGAGAUUCUACAAGAAGUGAAGGAGAAAGUGCCUUGUGCGACUGUGACUACAAACGGAACUCUGGAGGACCACAGUGAGUCUUCUAAGACUAUAUUACCCAGUGGGUCUCACUUCACCAUCCACCCAGUAGAGGAAGGCACCCCCACCAACCAAGAGAAACUCCUUCCUCUUCUAUCCUUCCUGGACGGCUCUGACUACAAGCCAGAUUUUGGCACCCUCUACGGACAAUCCCCGGAACUGCUCCUCGCCACAUUCAACGGCCACUCGGACAACAUUGACGAAUUGGUUGCAUACUUAGGCAUUGCCAGGGAAAUGGCCAGGAAGAAGCGUCUCCAUUGGUCGCAGAGCCGCCUCUGUUUGCUUUUGGGGAAACUCUGUUCGGGAAGCUCAAAAUUCUCCCAGGCUCGCGUCUACUUCGAGGAGGCCCUCAGUAUCCCUCGAGACGGAUUCAUGGACAUGCUAAUGCUAGCUAGCAUCUACGUUAACCUAGCUGUGAUCUAUCUCAUGCAAAAAAACACAGAGAAGUACUUUGCUCUGUCAGAGCGGAUUGCUGCAUUGCUCAUGGGUAUCCCUGACUGCGUCUCUACUGUAGAGAAAGACUCUGAAGUCCUCAAGUUCAUCCUGAAGAAGGCGGUUCUCGCUCAUAACAAGAUGGCCGAAGCACGCGCUUGUUUCCUUCUAGCAAAGCUCCACUGGAGGCGAGGCGAGGGGACGGACGCCGUGCCGUUCUUGGAGAGGCUUCUGGUUCUCUCGGCGGAGCCCCCAGGUGUCCGGAGCGUCACGCCCAGUCACGGCUACCUGAGCCUGGGGAGACUGUACAGCCAGCUCUCCCUCCCCCACCUCUGUAUCAGCUCAGCCAGGAGAGCCACAAUGCAUCCGUCCGCUAGGCUAGCCAAUUGUCUGAGUGGAAUGGGGUUAGUGCUGGAGAACACAGCCAGACUCUAUGGGAUCCGGAAGCAGGAAGUCGCCAUUCCUGCUCAAGUGGCUCCGUAUCUGAGCCGGUCGCUCUCUUUCACUUGGGAAUUAGAUGGAGUCGGUGGCAAUGGCGACCACACUCUAAGCCAGGCACUCACACUUUGCCUAUCCCAGCUGUUUCAGAAACACAGGAUGCUAGGACGCGCAGUAUGCUCCAUGCACACUCUCAUAGACCAUCAUUGCGGGCCGUCAUCAUCAUUGGGCGCCACUAGCAGCCCUGAACGCAACAGCGCCCUCGUGUGGCUAGCCUGGCUGCACAUCUGUAACAGCCAACCGGAGGUAUCUCUAGACGUCCUCGACUCAGUGCUGGCCUCCAUGCCAGAACACUGCACUACCCAACAGGAAGGAUUGGUCCACAACAUGAGGGGUGUGGCACUUCGAUGCACGGGAGACCUGCGGAGGGCGGCAGAGAGCUACCAGGCGGCCAUUAAUGUGUGUGAGGAGUUCGAAGACAGGGCCAACUGGGCAGUCGUGCAGGCUAACCUGGGGAUGCUGUGUCUGAAGGCUGGGGCUAAGGGUCUGGCGGAGGGGCACCUCACGGAAGCCGUGGCGCUGUUCUCAGAGCUGGGUGGAGAGGAGCAUGAGGUGAACUUUAUAACAGUGCUGUUGGAGCUGGGACAGCACUGUGUGAACCAGAGACUCCUGGGAAGAGGGAAGAUCUACUUUGAGUGGGCUCUGCUGAUGGCCAUCAAGUCAAACCAUUUAGACAGCCAGUUAAGUGCGACACAGCGUCUGUGCCACCUGUACGGAGCUGUAUGUUCUGACGCAGCUCAGUGCAUCAUCUACAACGAACAUCAGCUGACCCUACUGGCGACCCGGGGAGACAGGGGACAGGAGGGGGAGGUGCUGGAGACCAUCAGCCAGCUAUACCUCAGUCUGGGGACAGAGAGGGCUAGGCGGUCUGCUCUGGACUACACCAAACGUAGCCUGGGUAUCUUCAUAGACCUUGGCCGGAAGGAGAAGGAGGCAUAUGCCUGGUUGCAGGCUGGGAAGAUAUACCACAUGCUGGGCCAAACCGAACUGGUGGACCUCUAUGUACAGGUGGCCCAAGAUGUGGGCCUGAGUACAGGAGACACACACUUUAUCCUACAGCUGCUGGAGGCAGCAGGGGAUGUCUUCUUCAAUAGCAACCAGGAGAGAGAGAAGGCUGUCUGCUUCUAUAGGGACCGUGCCCUGCCCAUCGCUGUGAGGACCAGCAGUGCAGAGGCCAGACUGAGGCUGUCUAACAAGCUGGUGGAGCUGCUACUGCAACUGAAGCUGUAUGGAGAGGCUGUGGAGUACGCCCAGGCUGCCCUGGACAUCAGUGUUACACUGGGAAAUAGUCUAAACGAGCGUGUGGCCUUCCACCGUCUGGCUACCCUGUACCACUGUCUGGGUCAGUUUGAACUGGCUGAACACUACUACCUGAAGACCCUCUCCCUCUGCCCCACGCCCCUGGAGUUUGAUGAGGAAACCCUGUACUACGUCAGAGUCUAUCAGACGCUAGGGGACAUCAUCUUCUACGACCUGAAGGACCCCUACGACGCCGCGGGGUACUACCACCUGGCGCUGGCAGCAGCCAUGGAUCUCGGCAACAAGAAGUCCCAGCUCCAGCUCUGCACGCGAUUGGCUUCGAUCUACCACAACUUUCUGGUCGACCGGGAGCUCUCGCUCUUCUUCUACCAGAAAGCGCGAGCGUUCGCCUCAGACCUCAACGUACGCCGCAUCAACCUCUCGCCCGACCAGAACUUCAGUAGUAUGUCACAGUACAAGUCGAAUAGGGUUAGCAUUCAGGAAACAACAACAAAGUAACCACCAAACCGCCAUCUUGGUUUGAAGCUAGGGAGAAGAAGGGAGAGGUUAAGGGUAUCAGAGGAAAUUGUGCCAAGUGGAUGUCAUAUGUUUGGUUUGAAGAAGUGUACAUAUGUAAUUUUGAGAUUUUUAAACCGUUGAGAUGUGUUGAUAUGAUUUUGCCAAUUCGGGUUCUGUGCCGUACUGAACAAUUUCACUUAUAUAAUCAUACAGCAAUGACCGAAUAUCUACAAUUGUCUUCAGUUGAAGACCUGAAAUUAGUUAAAGUCGUGUUGGUUAAAGGAAUGAAUCAUGAAAGACAUAUCGCUAAUAAAAUUAAUAUGAGAAUCAAGAGAAGAUAAUGGGAGUGUUAAGGUUCAGUUGAUGCAGUUUAUAGUGGAGUGAACUGCUUUCCACAAAUGAGUCCUAAUCUAGGAUCUGUCCAUAUAAUCUUAUUCAUUAUUAUCUAAAAGACUAAACUGAUCCUAGAUCAGACACUUUGUGGAUACCUGCCCUGACCUCUCAUCAUAUCCAUGUCAUUAAAGGGAAGCGUAGAGCCAUGACAAGCGCCUUGAGUUUAUCCUGGUCAGCUCUCUAGUCAGUAAAACUCCAGCCCCUAUAAUCAUAACUGAUGAGCCACCAAUGCCUUUUUUGUAUUGUUCUCUGUUUCUUGCAAUAAACAAUCACUAUGAUGCAGUCUUUAUAAAAAUCUA